CAACGUUCCGCGAACGUUGGCCCAACGUUAGGGUAACGUUGAGCCAACAUUGGCCCAAUGUUCCGCUAAUGUUGGCCCAACGUUGAGGUAACGUUGAGCCAACGUUGGGGUAACGUUCAGCCAACAUUGGCCCAAUGUUCCGCUCACGGCCCAACGUCGAGCCAGCGACUUCAACUCCAAGUGACCCGUCGAUUUGCGCAUCUAGCCGCCGUGCUGCUGUCCGUUUGAUCUACUUGACGCUCCGCCUCUCGGUGACCCCCCGGGGGUCAACCGACGGCACCCCUCGCUCCGCCUCCUUCCGACCGAACUCCUCCCCCUCCUCCUCCUCAUCGUCCGUCUCCUUCUGCAGGGAGGUCCGCUCCCUGCCACCGCCGCCUCCUCCUGCACACGACUGGGUGAGGAGUAAGGAUGUCUGCAGAGUGGGGGAUCAAGCGGGAGGCUGACGAGCACCCAGGAUGGAAGACGGCACUCCUCGGAGGGGGCGUGCUGAGCCGUGAAGACGACGUCGCCGCCGGAGCCGUGGUGGCCCCGUCUUUGCGACUCAAGCGAAGAGGAGACUCAGGAGGGCCUGUCAGUGGGGCAUUGCUGGAGGUGAAAUUGGAGGGCAGCGACUCCCGUCACAGAGCCGACAUUCAUAUCAAAGAGGAGGAGGCGGAGGUUUUCGGCGGCGCAAAAGAACGACUUAAGCUCGUGGACGGUGAAUACCGCCCCAGACCGAGGGACCUUCACGUCGUCGAGGCAGGCCUCCGUUUCCCCGGAGGAGUCCUCCGGAACCCCGCGGCCGACUGCGGUUCCGCCGCCAGGCCCCGAGCGCCGCGGACGGAAGACGCCGCGGCUGUCGCGGCAUCGUCGUCGGGUUCAGCGGAGAUCGAAGUGAUCUUGGAAGACGACGACGGUGACGUCUCACUCGCCCGUAGGCGCCGCACGGGGAGGCGUACCGGCAACGAGGGGCCGCAACACCGAUGCCCGGUGUGCGGCAAGUGCUACCGGCAUGCCUCGAAGCUCAGGAAUCACGCGAGGGUCCACACGGGCGAGAAGCCACUCGCCUGUCACGUGUGCGGCAAGGCCUUCGCGUGGCCUUCGGGACUCCGCUACCACCUGGUGCUGCACCAGGGAGGGCGCGUCCUCGCGUGCCCCGUGUGCGGGACCAGCUUCGUACGCUCGUCGGACCUCUACGCGCACGUGAGCGGUGACCACGCUCCGCUGCCGCAGCAGAAGCAGCAGCUACAGGAGCAGCAGCAGAAGCAGCAGCAGCAGCAGCCAGGGUAACCUCGUUUCAACUUGAUGACGCCCUAUUCUUUUUUUUAAGAGCCGCUCGGGUUUGUUGCUGUGUUUUGUUGUUGUUGUGUGCAGGUUUAUUGUGCUUCUUUCUCCCACCUCCCACGUACGCGCACCUCGGAUUGGUGUGGUUGGCUACGUACGGUGUGAAAUAAGUUCAACGUACAUACAUACUACUUUGCACUACACUCUAUGCAGUACACUAUAUACUGCUACCCUAUACAUUACUAUAUACUAUACUCCUAUACACUACACCACUAUACUACAUUGAAAAUUGUCACGGGGCGGCCAGGGGAACGGCGGGUGGGGGGGAUUCUGCUCUCCCCCAAACUUCACUCCCCGCCCCACUCUGAAUUGUAAUCAUUUUUUUUUAUGUGAGCCAGGGAAUUCUUGCCCUGUAAUGGGGUGACUGUGUGGUGUAGGUGGAUUGCCAUACGAUUAACGGAGGUCUCAGAUGCACGUCCUGAAGAGGUAUGUGUGUAUUAAUAUCAACCGGACACUUCUAGAGGCUUUUAAAUAAACAUGGUUCUUAUCUAUACAAUUUCUCCUUACGAGUUCAAGGACAUGUUCCUGCGCCAGUACGAACCCAUCACACACACACACUACGCUGAAAUUGUGCAACUCUCCCUGGCCACACCAUUUAUCACCAUGCAGCCAUCAAUGCUGAGUCUUACAUUAGCCACCACUGUGCAUGCUGCACACAACAGUAGAUCCCAGCCCACACGCAUUCUCCACAUGAGGACACCCUGGUUAGACGCAACAGAGGCCAACUCCUCCUUUCCGAGAUCACAGGGGUACAACCAGCAGUGGCACGGUGCACUGGCCCCGCUUUCGGCCAUGCUUCUCGCUUCUUGCUUCGCCAGCUUGCCUCGUUCCAAGCCUCAUUCCUGCCCAGGCCAGCCCUGGGUGGGCUAAGGAAGUCUCCCUUGGCCAGAAUCCAGUCCGCUGCUCCUGGCUUGAAGCCCGCUUUCAUCCAGUGCUGUAUGGGUUGCUGAGGUGCUCAGAGGUAUGACCUCCUCCCUGCUUUGCUCUGAGCACAGCCUUGUAUACCACUCAGGGGCACCCAACCCCCCAUCAGCCCCACCUAGACUGGUCCCAAAAAUUGUCAUACCACCUAUCUCUCUUAGCCAAUUUGAACCUCCGUAUCCUGGCCCAUGCUGUAUGGUGUUCACCCUCUAUAUCCAUUUAGCGAUGGGAAACAGCCCGCGCAGAGCCUUCGUCACAUUGCCCCCCCCCACUUUGGGAAGUCUAUGCUCUAUUGACUCUUUACGACACUGAGCAGUGAUUUUCCCUUAAGCUGAUGGAUCGUCGUAGUCACUCCGACUCGAAGAAUCUGUUCCGACGUUCUCACUACCCCUUAACACCCUGAUGGUAUAACUGUAGCGAUGUAACGCCAUGGCCUAUCACAUGACCCUUCCGUUCUCCAUGCGAGCUUUGUUUAAAUACAAAAGGGAUUUAUAAGUCUCUAUAGUAAACGCCUUCCCAUAGAGGUACAUUCUGAGCUUUUGCACUGCCCACACAAGUGCUAAACACUCUUGUUCGAUGGUUGGUGGCCACCAACGCAGUUAAGCCCACUACUUCAUAGGUGCUGCUGCUACUCACUACUAAUCGAACUUGCCCCCAACAGUCUGUUAAAGCUAUAUUACGGGUGAUGUUAUGUACAGUAAAACCUUGGAUUGCGAGUAACUUGGUCUGCGAGUGUUUUUCAAGACGAGCAAAAAUGUUAAAUAUUAAUUUGAUAAACGAGCGAGGUCUUGCAAUACGUGUAGUACGUAUACGCUUUGUCUGCCGAGCGUAACGUGAUCACAGCUGAUAUGAGUGCUUUGAUAUACGAGUGCUUUGGAUUACAAACACGUUUCCGAACGAAUUGUGCUCGCAAUUCAAGGUUUUACUGUAUAUGUAAAUGUGGGGAGCGGUAGUGUAGCAGUUAGC